AUGGAAGAACAAGAAAAAGGAACAAUAGAAACAAUACAAGAAGAAGAAAUAAAGAAAGAAGAAGAAAUAGAAAAACAAGAAGAAGAAAAAAAGAAAAAAGAAAAUGAACAUAGAAAUUAUCCACCAUUAUUAAAAAUUUAUCCAAUUGAAAAUUAUCAAAUAGAUAAAAAAGAGAAAUUAGAUAAAUUAAAACAACAAACAUUUGGGUAUCAAAUGGAACAACUUAAAAUAUCAGUUGAAAAGAAUCAUGUACCAAGAACAUCAGUUUAUGGAGUUAUUUUAGUUCACAAAAAUAAUUUUCCACAUUUAUUAGUAUUACAAUCAAAUUUAUCAAUGAAUUUAAAAGAUGAAAUUCAUCUUGUUGGAGGAAGAUUAAAAAUUGGAGAAGAUGAUCCAGUUGAAGGAUUAAAAAGAAAAUUAAGAAAAAAAAUGUCAAUGGAAUAUAUUACACAUUAUGAAAUAGGAGAAUUACUUGGAACAUUUUAUAGAAUAGGAUAUGAUAAAAAUUUAUAUCCAUAUAUACCAGUUCAUAUAAGUCAAGUAAAAGAAAUUAUUAAUAUUUAUAUGAUUCAUCUUGUUGAAAAAUGUGAUUUUAAAAUAUUUGAUACUGAUAAAUUAAGUUCAAUACCACUUUUUGCUUUACAUAAUAAUUUUGAAAAAUACAAUAUUACUCUUUGUUCUAUUCCAAUUAUGGUUUCAAGAUAUCUUAUGAUUUAUGGGUAA